AUGAACCAGAGCAAAAUUACCACCACAGUUGGACUAAACAUUGGCAAAAUCGAUAUCAGCAGUGUCCGAUUAAACUUCUGGGACCUUGGUGGUCAAGAAGAGCUUCAGUCUCUCUGGGAUAAGUAUUACGCUGAAUCUCAUGCUAUCAUCUAUAUUGUGGAUUCUUCUGACCGAGAACGGCUUGAAGAAUCCAAAGAAGCUUUUGACAGGAUGAUCUCCAAUGAAGCACUGUUGACAGUUCCUCUUCUCCUUUUAGCAAAUAAGCAAGAUUUACAAGGAUGUCUUCCACUUGAAGAGGUAAAAAAACUUUUCAGUACAAGUCCUGCACUGAUUGGUCAAAGAGACUGCAAGGCUGAUGCAGUGUCUGCUCUGAAAGGGGAUGGUGUGCAUGAAGGAAUUGACUGGUUAGUGCAGGCUGUACAACGCAACAGCAUGAAUCGACCACCCACACAGAAAGACAUCACUUAG